AUGGUGACCACGAGAAAUGCUGUCGAAGAUCCUAACGGAGUGAUACGGGCAUUGGAGUUGAGGAUGGAGGAAAUGCAACGAAGACAUGAGGAGAUGCAGAAGAAACACGAGGAAGAGAUGGCGGCCGUGCGGGCCGAGUGUCUAGCCCAGAUGAGGGAGCAAGCCGCGCACGCGAAUGGGGACAAAGAGCGGACCCGGCCGUUGGAAGACGAGGGAGAGGAGCAUAGUAAUGCCCGGAAAAACGAGGAAAACAAAGAUGGGGGGGAGAAAGGAGAAAGUACCAUUCUGGUAAAGAAUGAGGCACCCUCUGUGCCGGUGCCCUUUGCGCGGGCGAUAAUGGAAGUGCAGAUACCCGACAGGUUCAUUCCUCCACAAUUCAAAACAUAUGACGGGACGUCCGACCCCGAGGCCCACGUUAAAUCCUUCACAAAUGCAAUGGCAUUUCGUACCGGCUGCGACGCCAUCUGGUGUAGAGCGUUUUCACUGUCUCUGGAGGGAGAGGCGUUGGAAUGGUUCGACUCCCUUCCGGACGGCUCAAUAGAAAACUUCAAGGGAUUAAGCAACAUGUUUAAAAACCAGUUUGCCGCCUGUCGGACGCGGGAGGCCACGGUAGUUGACCUGAUGAACCUCAAGCAAGGUAAGGAGGAACCCUUGAAAGACUUCAUGGAUCGAUUCCAGAAAACCGUUCGGCGCGUGAAAGGACUCAGUACGGAGUUGGCUUUGCAGCAUGUCAUGCCAGGGUUACGUCCCGGACCGUUCAAAGACAGUGUGUGUCGAAAUCCCCCCAAAAGUAUGGAAGAACUGCGUCAACGGACGGCAGACGAGAUCAGGGUGGAAGAUAUGAAACAAAGUUACCGAAAGGAACUUCAAGAAGCAAAGGCGGAGAAGGAAAGCCGCCGGGACAACCAGGGCGGCCGUUCCGGUGGCAAUAAGACCAGGGACGGACCGCGGAACCCACGAUUCCCGCAGUAUACGCAAUUAAACGCCCCCAGGGCCCGGAUACUGCAGGAAUCUCUAAGUACCCACGUAAUGCAAGUCCCGCAACAACGCCCGACACCCCCGGGAGCGGACAACUCUAAACACUGUCUUUACCACCAAAAUAUGGGUCACAACACUGAGGAUUGCGUGACGCUAAAGGACAAGAUUGAAGAAAUGAUCAGGGCUGGACUUUUACAGCAGUAUGUCAAAGGCCACCGACCGGCGGAAGAUCGGGCGGAGGGCGAAAAGAGGGGGUAUGUAAGACAUAGUUACCCACGCGGGGGAGAGAAGAGAGCAUACACCAGGAGUCCUCCUCGGUCGGAGAGGAAUCACCGAUCCUCCGACUGUUACAACGGGCGGUACGCCGGGAACCAGAGGGAUGAAGGAAGAAGAUCGCGCAGCAGGAGCCAAGAGAGGGCCCGUAGUCGACCAUUGAGGGGAGUUAUAAACACCAUCUCGGGAGGAUUUGCGGGCGGAGGACAAUCUUCGUCCGCUCGAAAACGAAGUAUCAGAACGCUGCGGUCCAUUCACGCAGUAGAGGUCCCUAAAAGAACCAUGCUCCCCAUCACCUUCACGGAUGAAGAUUUCCACGCCCCCGACCCCGAACAAGACGACCCCAUGGUCAUCACCGUGGAGAUAGCACGAUAUGAAGUAAGCAAGGUACUAGUAGACCAAGGUAGUUCGGUGAACAUCCUCUACUGGAAGACUUUCCAGCAGAUGGAUAUUUCGGAAGACCUCAUCGUCCCGUUCGGUGAGCAGUUGGUGGGAUUCGCCGGAGAAAGGGUUGACACCCGAGGCUACCUCGACUUAAGGAUUCGUCUGGGCACUAGCCGCUCCAGCGAGGAGAGGAAAGUUCGAUUUCUGUUGGUAGAAGCGAACACCUCCUACAAUGCCCUGCUGGGACGGCCAUGUCUCAACACGUUCGGCGCCAUAGUGUCCACUCCCCACUUGACGCUUAAAUACCCUACCUCCAACCGGACGAUCUGCACGGUCCGGGCAGAUCAGCGGACAACCAGGGAAUGUUACGCCGCGGGUUUAAAGAUGUUUCCUAGAGAGGUAAAGCAGAAAACCAGCAGAUCGGAGGUAGCCAUGACCGAUUUGGACCCCAGGACCAACACAGAAGAUCGCCUGGAGCCAAUUGGCGAGACGAUCCCCGUCCUUAUCGGUACGGAUCCUACCCAGACAACGCUUAUCGCCCGAGGAAUGGACCCGAAGGUGGAAGAACGGCUCAGGGCCACUUUGUGGCGCAAUCGCGACCUGUUCGCGUGGACGGCGGCGGACAUGCCCGAUAUCCAUCCCUCCGUGGCAUCCCAUAAGUUAAGCUUGUGUCGGGAAGCCCGACCAGUGGCACAAAAGAAAAGGAAGAUGGGAGAAGAGAAGCGUAAGGCAGUAGAUGCAGAGGUCAACAAGUUAAAAGAAGCUGGAUUCAUCCGAGAAGUCACUUACACCACUUGGCUAGCCAAUGUGGUUAUGGUAAAGAAGGCAAACGGCAAGUGGCGCAUGUGUACCGACUACACCGAUUUGAACAAAGCCAGUCCGAAAGACUCCUACCCCCUCCCCAGCAUCGACGCCCUAGUGGAUGGCGCAUCCGGCCAUCGAAUGCUCAGCUUCUUAGAUGCGUAUUCCGGGUAUAACCAAAUACCCAUGCAUGCUCCUGACGUCACCAAGACCGCUUUCAUGGCGGAUAGGGCCAACUACUGUUAUGAGGUCAUGCCAUUCGGUCUAAAGAACGCUGGAGCCACAUAUCAAAGGUUGAUGGAUCAGAUCUUCGCAAGCCAAAUUGGCCGGUGCAUGGAUGUGUAUGUAGACGACAUGGUCGUACGGUCGGGGGAGGGCAAAAGUCAUCUCGCGGAUCUAGAAGAGGUGUUCGGUCAAGUCCGAAGGUAUGGCAUGCGGUUGAAUCCUGCCAAGUGCACGUUCGGUGUAGCAGCCGGAAAAUUUCUGGGUUUCAUGCUCACGUCCAGAAGGAUUGAAGCUAACCCUGAUAAGUGCGAGGCCGUCAUGCAAAUGCAAAGCCCCCGCACUCUAAAAGAUAUUCAAAGGUUGGUCGGUCGCCUCACGGCGUUGUCGCGGUUCAUACCCAAGUUGGCUGAAAGGAUCCGCCCUAUCUUGAGAAAAAUGAAGAAGGAAACCACGGAUAAGUGGGAUGACGAAUGUGAACGCGCUUUCACCGACGUCAAGAGUAUCCUGCUGAGCCCUCCAGUAAUGAGCCGACCGGUCGCAGGCGAGGAGCUCCAAAUAUACUUGGGGGUAUCUGAGAUGGCCGUAAGCGCGGUUCUGUUCCAAGAGAAACCAGUUUUUAAACUGAUCUAUUUUGUCAGUCGAACUCUGCAGGAUACCGAACGGCGAUAUCAACACCUGGAAAAGGUGGCUCUGGCCCUCCUCACUGCAGCCAGGAGAUUAAGACCAUACUUCCAAAGUCACCAAGUGGUCGUCCGGUCAGAUCACCCCAUAUCGAAAAUACUUCGAAAGCCUGAUCUUGCCGGUCGGAUGGUCGGUUGGGCAGUGGAGCUGUCUGAGUUCGGAAUCCGCUACGAACCCAGAGGCUCGGUAAAGGGUCAACACUUGGCAGAUUUCGCAGCAGAGUUGUCACCAACUGAGGGGGAAGAGUGGAUUUUGUUCGUUGACGGGGCGUCAAGACGGACCGUUAGUGGAGCGGGGAUAGUACUGGAAGGUCCGAACGGGUUCCUGAUAGAGCACUCCCUCGUGUUCAAAUUUAAAAUUUCCAACAAUCAAGCCGAGUACGAAGCUUUGAUAGCCGGCUUGGAGCUCGCACGCAACAUGGGAGCAAGACGACUCACCUGCCGGACUGAUUCGCAGCUCGUCGUGGGACAGAUGAAUGGAGACUUUCAAGUCAAAGAGGAACACCUCCUGAGGUACUACCAUAAAGCCUCAGCUAUAGCCCAAACCUUCGAGAAGAUAACCGUGCAACACAUACCCCGCGAGCUGAAUGCCCGGGCGGACAUGCUCUCCAAGUUGAGCUCCGGAAAGGAAAAGGGCCAACUCACUACCAUCAUCCGACAAGUGCUGCUACAACCAUCCAUUGAAUGUCAAGCUAUAACUACGGAUGAUGCAGAUGAUUGGCAGGUGGAGAUAAAGGCACUAAUGAAGCAGCAAGACGAUGGCGUCCGUCUAUCUUCCAAAGACACAAAGAAGAUCGCACGUUUCCUGAUGGUAGGGGAAGAUUUGUACAGAAGAGGAUUUUCAUCUCCCCUACUGAAAUGCCUCAGUAAAGCCGAGGCCGAUUACGUCAUGGACGAGUUACACAACAGGAUAUGCGGCCUCCAUACCGGAGGGCGAACACUCAAGUCGCGCAUUGUCCGGGCGGGGUACUACUGGCCGACCAUGGAACAAGAUUCUGCCACUUUCGUGAAGAAAUGUCUAAGCUGUCAGGCGCAUGCGAACGACUGA